UCUUAUUCUUUAUUCGGUCACACGCGAUCGUUGACGGACGAAACUUCUAUAUAUUCAUCUCCGCCACCCACCGUCGCCACCGCCGUCGCCACCGCUUCUCCGCCUCCUUCCCAUUCUCCGAUCAUCUUCUCCACUCCAAAACACCCCAACAACACUCUCAUAACACCAUCAGCAAUGGUGAACGGAGUGAGUUCAGCAGCCGAACAAGCAGAACAACUCAAGCAAGACGGAAAUCUCUAUUUCAAGAAAAACAGGUUAGGUGCCGCCAUCGAUGCGUAUACAGAGGCGAUCACGUUGUGCCCUAAUGUUCCGGUUUAUUUCACCAAUCGGGCUUUAUGCCAUCGUAAACGCAAUGAAUGGGCAAGAGUUGAGGAAGACUGUAUGAGGGCUGUUCGGCUUGAUCCGAAAUCUGUGAAGGGUCAUUACAUGCUAGGGCUUGCAUUACUACAAAGGGAAAAUUACGCUGAAGGAAUAAAAGCUUUGGAAAGGGCUUUGGAUCUUGGUAGAGGUGCACACCCAAAUAGUUAUAUGGUAGAAGAGAUAUGGCAGGAGCUCGCAAGCGCAAAAUAUAAGGAGUGGGUGCAUGAAUCCGCUAAACGAACUUUAGCGUUGCAAAAACUUGAAAAAUCAUGUGAGAUAGCUUUACAAGAAAAACUUGUGCAUGAUCUUAGCCAUAUGAUGGACGAUACUGAUGAAGUUUUUUCUUCAACUUCCGAACAACUAGCAGCUCUGAAAUUAAUAUUCAGCAAAGCCGCAGAAGCCGACAAACCAACAGACGUACCGGAUUAUCUUUGCUGCAAAAUAACUCUCGACAUAUUCCGUGAUCCUGUCAUUACUCCAAGCGGUUUAACUUAUGAAAGGGCCAUCAUUCUUGAUCAUCUCGAAAAGGUGGGGAAGUUUGAUCCAAUUACGCGGGAACCGCUUCAUCCGUCUCAGUUAGUCCCAAAUUUGGCAAUUAAAGAAGCGGUAGGAGCGUAUCUGGAAAAACAUGGUUGGGCGUAUAAAAUGGAUUAGAAGAUGGUGCAAGAGUUUACAUACAUAUCGUAGUGGUAAAAUAGUAAAUUAUAUGGGGAGCUUUGCCGGAUGUAACAGUUCUUGCAUCAUAAAAAAUGGUGGUGCAUUGAUCUGUUGUACAGUCAUGCAUUUUAACCCCUGGUUUUUGGUUGGUUAUUUUCUUGAAUUGAGGUGCAUUUGGCUUU